AUGUCAGGUUACCCGCACACGUUCCGGGGCUUCGCCAUCGCGGACCCGCGCGACUGGGCGAGCCCGAAGCUCACCGAGUUCGAGCCCAAGAAGUUCGGCGCACGUGACGUCGACAUCGAGGUCGAAUGCUGCGGCAUUUGCGCGUCGGAGCUGUUUUCGCUCAAGAACGAGUGGACGCACGCGCCGCUCGAGUGUUUGUCAUCGGCGUACGGCCCCAAGUCGCAGGUCGUCGGGCACGAGGUCAUCGGCAGAGUCGUUGCCGUGGGCGACCGCGUGACGCUGUGCCGGGUCGGCGACCGCGUGGGUCUGGGUGCACAGUGUUGCGCGUGCAUGGAAUGCGCGCGCUGUGUCGCGGGCAACGAACAGUACUGCGCGCGCGCCGUGGGCACCUACUGCGACCGUUACCCGGACGGGUACGUGUCGCAGGGCGGGUACGCGUCGCACGUGCGCGCGCACGAGCAGUUCUGUUUCCCGAUCCCGGAAGCGAUCCCCUCGGAACUGGCCGCCCCGCUCCAGUGCGGCGGGCUAACGGUGUACUCUCCUAUCAAGCGUAACAUUGCGGGGCUAGAGAACCCGAAGGUGGCCGUGAUCGGGAUUGGCGGGCUCGGCCAUAUGGCGAUUAUGAUUGCGCGCGCGCUGGGCGCAGAAGUGACCGCGAUCUCGCGGACGAAUUCCAAAAAGGCAGACGCCGCGAAGAUGGGCGCGCACGGCUUUGUCGCGACCGCAGAGCCCGGGUGGCAGACGGAGCUGCAGGACCACUUCGACCUGAUCCUCAACUGCGCUUCGUCUACGACGGCACUGGACCUUGACGCGUUGUUGCCUACGCUGAAGGUGAACUGCAAUUUUAUCUCCGUCGGGCUUCCGCACGUGGACGAGGAUUUCCGCGGGGUGAAACCGUUCACGUUUUUCAGCAACGGGUGUUGUCUGGGUUCUUCGAAGCUGGGGUCACGUGAGGAGGCCAUCGAGUUGUUUGCGCUAGCCGCGGAGCACGGGUUCCGGCCGUGGGUGGAGACGCUGCCGGUGUCGGAGGCCGGAGUGCACGAGGGGCUGACCAGGCUUGACAAGGGCGACGUGCGGUACCGGUUCACGUUGGUUGGGUUCCGGGAGUUUUUCGGGACGGCGUGA